GCAGCGCUAAAGUCUCUUGAACCAACCUCUAUUACGACAGGAUUAAUGACUUCCAUGAUAAACUCAGUUUCUAUUCCGUCUCACGGACCGCCUCACUCCGCUGCUCUCGACUUCCUCACCAAAUCGUCAACUAAUCCAGGCAGUUCCCCAGGAGAGUCUGACUUGCUCAAGGCCAUUCGAGCUACCCUCUCUAGUUCAGGAAACCAAACGACCAACAACGCAUACUACCCUCUCUUUGACGAUGCCAACUCUGAUUCGUGGGUGGAGGACGAGCUGGCGUGGAAUGACCAUAUCGUCAUACUCAGUCGUGGAGGGGUCGUGAAGCGAAAGUGGGACUUUGGUGAUGAUAAUCAGACAAUCCGGUACGCAUGCAUUGCAAAACUCGAGCAGAGCGUCACCAAGCACGAGGGGCACGCACACGGAAGUGCGCACUACACCUCUUCCAAUCCCACCUCUCAAUCUCAGUCUCGCGGAGACGAAACUGUCCCCAAGGCGCCUCUUUUUGGUCCCUUUGCCACUGUCUCGCCGGAAUUGAAGCUCGAAGAACAGCACACACUUGUUCGCGGUGUUUAUAUAUUCCUGCGGAAUAUUGGGCGCAUCUACCUCGAAGAUGGUGCCGAAUACACCUUUUCCCUCCCCUUCCUUGUUCGCCGUGCCUGGCCUCUCCAUCCUCACGGUGUCCUUGUACAACGUACAUUUGAACCAAACGAGAUCGAGGAGGCAGCCGCGACUGGCGAGCCACUUUUGCCAACAAUCUUCUCCAUUGCCAACCCACUCGCGGAACCGUCCACUAUCGGCAUAACCGGAAGCAUCGCGGGUGGAUACCUUGGCGUGGCGCCUUAUCUAGAGGAAGAGCGCAGGGAAUUUGCUCAGCCUCUUACAUCUGUCCCUGCAAAAGAGGAUGUCAUUUGGGUAUCUUCGCAUCUUCCACAUGCCGAAGACAGCCUUGUCGUUACGCUCAACAGCGAUGAACGUGAACUCACGAUCUGGCGGUAUGCAUACAUAAAGCCUAAUGCCGUUCCCCUUCCUCAAGAUCCUAAUCGAGGCAUCGAACGCAAUAACUCUCGCAAGCAGCGGCUGUCCAUGCCAGGGAAUCGCCGGCAGUCGUCUGCCAUGACAGCCGAAGGCAACCUUGGUCAGCGCCCACGCGCGGCCUCGCAACACGAUUCUAUCCUCGAGGAAGAUACGUAUGGUGAUCUUAGAGCGGGCCCACAUCAACCGGUAGGACGCAAGGCCUCUGUGGCACGCACGGAGCUAAGCUUCACCUUGGAUAAGAUGGCCCUUGGGCCGCAUGCCCAAGACGACGCGCUCACGCUCAUCGAGCAUUCGCGCAUGAAGGCGGCAUAUUGGAUGCAGAGCCUGUGUACGUACAAGGUAGAUGGCACACAACCGCUUGAUUGCUCGCAGAUGUCUGUCGCCGCUUUUGAUCAGCGUUUUGACGGCGCAUCGACCCGGACUUCGGUGUGUGUAUGUCCAUUCCCGGGGCUGGGGCUGGUGUUCUCGGUCCUGCGCGAAGAGGUCCGAUCAACGCUUCGAGCUGAGUACACUAUUUCGUUGAGCGUGAAUUCGGUGGCAUCUGUGCUAGCCACUCGACAUAACUCCUGGGAUAUGUUAGCUAUCAACCCUAGUGGACAGACCGUCAUCUACACCCAUGGACUCAACGUACUGCCAGUAAACCAUCGCUUCCCCAAGGCAUCAGCAACUCCCGUCGCAAUCUUAGCUGGAACCAUAGCCUCAAUAACCACAGCGAAGGACGUCUGUGUAUCCUCUGUAACUCUUGCUGCGGGCGACGGCACAGCUCGCAGAGCAUCACUCAAUUUUAUUCCGAAGGAUGAACUGGUUAGAAGGAUAUUACAAGCCCUUUCCUUCAUGCUACCAUCGGAAGUCAUGUUUAGUCUCCAUCACCGCUUCCUUCAAUUAUGGUCGCAACGGCACUACCGCACGGAUUCACGGAUGGAGCUUCAAACUCUGUGCAGCUCGCUCGCCAGUGAAUUCCGCAUCAACUCCGGCUCACCGUCUGCGCCUGGUGUUGACCUUUGGAAUAAACUAUCGCAAUCACCCUCCAUUGCUCAUUUUCGCGAUGACCCCGCUUUAUCCAAGCUGAAGAUGCCGACUCCACCAAAUUCGUUGAACAGCCAUUGGGAAUUUUCUUCUGCGCCGACUCCAGCGACGCAGUCACUACUGGCGGGUGUCCUUUACGCACUACAUAUGGUUGCCGAGGACCUACGGAUGGAUAUUCACCAGCAUGAUACGCUUUGCCAUCUUGCACCUCUCAUAUGCAAUUUGGCGCACAUCAUAAGGCCAGAGUGGGCGGACUACUGGAAGAGACUGUGCCCGACUAUACCAACCCAUUGGACAGCUCCUCUCACUACUUCAACUCAGUACUUGGAUGACCGCAUUCCAGUCGUCGCCCCAGAUAUGUGCGGGGUGCUAUACGGCAGGAUAGGUACUCCAGAGAAGUUUCCUGUCUUUUCUCUCCAGGACAUCGCGACCUCUUUGGGCGUCAAACCGUCGUACGCCUUUGGGCUGGUUGAAAGUCUCCCGAAUCUGCAACAUUUAAUCGCGACGUUCUCGUCGUUGGCUGAAUUGAAGAGCGGAUCCACGCAGAAACGCGCUGAAAGAGCCGUAGAGAUACUGAUCAGUCGGCACGGGUCGGCGCAGCGCGCAGAGAAGUUCCUUAGCCGCCUUCCGCUGGGCGUUGCUGCUCCCCUCAGAGAAGCUGUUCGCACCUGUCAACUUUGUCCUCCUAACAGCUGGGACGCCGACCAUUACGAACUCGUUGGUCGUCGUGAUCUAUCGUACAACAUUGGCCAGACCUCCAUGCGCCUGGAUCGGAACAACAAGCACUUCCCUUCGGCGGAAAAUUAUGCGAACACGCGUAAGCGUACGACAGUGGGCCAGCUUGUUUCACAAGCUAUAUCAGCCGGCGUUGGCGAGGUUGAUGCAGUCACUGGAGUUGAGCUCGAGAAGGAGGGCUUCACCGACAUUCGGUUCGGCCAAGAUAGGAGACUCGACGAAGCGGCGCGGAUGUUCUGUUCGUCGAGCCCUCCGUCCGUGCGCAUUUUUGAGCGCGCCGACCUCAAUGAACAUGACCAAGCAAAGGAACAACAGAUGCAAGUCGUUCGGAUUGCGGAGCGGACGCUGGCUUUGCCAUAUGGCCGUGCAAUGUUCACAUAUGGCUCGGUUCUGAACGUGACUCGUGAAGCUUACUCCAUUCCUAAGCUCGACUUUUCGGUCCGAGUACAACCCCUCAACAUUAUCGCGGUUCCCGAGCCCGGCAAAAUUCCUACAGAUUGCACCAAUUGGGGCGAGUUCCACAACGGUGUCGCAGCAGGCUUGAGAAUUUCUCCGAAGGCAAAGGGUGUGGAAAGCUCUUGGAUCGCCUUCAACAAGCCUUCCGAGCUCACACCCGAACAUGCCGGCUUUUUGUACGCCCUCGGACUUACAGGACACCUCAAGGAGAUGCUCACAUGGCAUACGUUUGGAUACCUCACGCCCAAGCACGACUUGACCUCCAUUGGUGUACUGCUGGGCCUAUCAGCUGCUAAUGUUGGGACCGGCAACCGCCAUGUCACAAAGCUUCUUGCAGUCCAUACUCCUGCACUCUUGCCCACUCAAUCUGUGGACCUGAAUGUUUCUCUCAUGACGCAGGCUGCAGGCUUGGCUGGCGUGGGUCUGCUUUAUCUCGGCACCAAAAAUCGGCGGAUGGCAGAGGUUUGCCUGAACCAGAUCAGCAGGCAAGAUCUUGUGCAGCCCGAUCUGAGCAACGAGCACCGAGAGGCGUACACAUAUGCGGCCGGCUUGGCGUUCGGUAUGACGAUGCUGGGGCAGGGUUCAUCCGUGCCUGCAGAUCUUGCGUUCAUGAAUCGCCUCCGGACUCUCAUUCACGGGGAAGGUGUCCAUAGGAUGCGACAGUCUCGAGCGCCCUCUUUUGACGUCAACAUCACGUCCCCAGCAGCCACUAUCGCCUUGGGACUCAUGUACCUGAAGACCGAGAGGCGCGACGUAGCCGAUAUGCUCGCGGUUCCUGAUACAGCGCUGGAGCUCAAUCGGAUACAACCGAGCUUCCAGCUGAUGCGAACGCUCGCUCGCUGUCUCAUUAUGUGGGACGGCAUAUCGCCGUCUCACGACUGGAUUUCUUCUCAGACCCCAGCUACGAUUACUCUGUCUAUCAAGGAGAGUGUCGCCGAAUCCGGGGCCAAAGCAAGUGAUGACGCUAUGGAGCUUGCGUAUUGGAACAUUGUGUCUGCGUGCUGUUUCGCCAUCGGUCUAAAGUUUGCGGGUACAGCCCGUCAUGAAGCAUAUGCGGUGAUUUUGCAUUACUUUGACACUGCCAGUCGGUUUGUGUAUGCCAACAGUCCAGCAUUUGAUCAUAAGAUCAAGCGAGCGUCGGUCCGAGAGGGGUUGAACCUCAUCUCCAUUGCUCUUUGCAUGGUGAUGGCUGGCACCGGCGAGAUCUCAUGCUUCAGGAGGCUGAGAUAUGCUUAUGGCAUGUAUCAUCAAGCUUUCCGGUAUGGUGUGCACGUCGCGACUCACCUGUCCAUGGGUCUUCUCUUCUUGGGCGGUGGACGCUAUACGCUCGGUACUUCCAACGGAGCAAUCGCUUCCAUGGUCGUCGCAUUUUUCCCUCGGUUCCAUCACGUAUCCUCGGACAACAAGAGCUACCUCCAGGCGCUAAGGCACCUGUGGGUAUUGGCUGUCGAACCGCGCUGCUUGCUUGCCCGAGACGUCAACACUGAAGAGGCCGUGUAUCUCCCUCUCAAGGUCACGGGAACCGAAGGGACGUAUCAGCUCAUAUCACCGACUUUGUUGCCAGAUCUCGAUCGACUGUUUGCCAUCAAGGUCGAUACACCGAGAUACUGGCCGUUUUUGGUCGAUGUGGCGCAUAUUCCUCAGCACCGCAAGAACUUGUUGGAGACGCAAACGCUGUUCGUGAAGCGGCGUACGGCAUUCCUGAGCUACACGGAAGACCCCAAGGGGAGCCGGAGUCUGUUCGUUCGCUCCGGCUCCUCUGCUGGAGAUGCUGCCACGCUCGACUUUCCUCAAGUGACGGACGUGAAAGCGCAUCCGGCGAGCGACCUCACGCACUUCAUCUCCUCGUUCUCAAACGACGUGCUCUUCCUGGCGUUCGCCGACUGGUUCUCACGCGAAGAUGGGCAGACGCGCGAAGAACGAAUAUUCCACAACUACUGCCACGCCGCCCUUCUCGAUAGCAUCCUGCAAGAUAAGAUCGAGACGCUGCAGUCGCACCUCACGCUCUUCCAGUACCGCAUGCAGUCUCCCACACACCGCUUCUUCCACCUCCGACUGCAGGACCUGCGUUUCGCAGCCGACUUUUACAACUGCCGCGUGUUCGAUCAUCUGUUCAGCGGGAAGGAGGAGAACAACCGCCGUCAGCCGCUGAUCAGGGAGACGACCGCGCUCGGUGUCUUGCAGGAGCUUGACGGGCGACUCGAGGCCGCGCGGACCGACCAGCGGUUCAUGACCGCCGUGAAGCAGUACGCCCGCGGGGAAGCCAUCGCCGUGUGCGCAAAAAGCAUCGACGGCUCGCCCGCGGUCGCGGUCGCGAACGAGGACGAGCGCUGGGUGACGCAGACGCUCGCGUGGUACCUGCUGCGCAACGGGGUGCCGGCGUCGUCGCUGCUGGUGAUCCUGAAGCAGCUCGCGCAGGACGCGCACGCGCAGUGCGUGGGCGGGCCCGCGCCGAACGGGACCGGGGACGUGAAGUUGCUGGACGACGGGAUCCGGGAGGUGCUGCACGGCACGGGCACAAAGAUGACGACGACGUUCGGCGCGGGCUGGUCUGUGACUUCGCUCGAGGACGUGAUCGAGGCUUGGCAAGGACUCUCAUAGGCGGAUUGCGCAUUUAUUUUUCUGUGGCUCUUGCUGUAGACGGAGAGCAGAGCACCGUUUUCUCCUUUCUCCUGUAUCAUUCGCUGCAUUACACGCCAUGCAAUAUUAGCAUAAACCCUCGGGCGAAGUACCGCUGGCUCGUCACGAAC